CCUAGCACCUGACUCAUUCUGGAUAUGGUGUGUAGGUGUGUGUGUGUGUGUGUGUGUGUGUGUCGACUUUUGGCGUUUGCGAGCGAGAGCUGGCGGCCCUCGCUCCUCCGCGUCAGCUGCGCUGCAUGGUGGCGUUUUCAGCACCGAGAAUUACAGCCAGUGCCACCGGCUUGGUGGUGGCUCCGCAGAAAUAGUCUUGGCGCCCGCAUGAGACCACACUGCCCGCAUGAGACCACACUGCCUAUUCUAGCGUCGCCGCAUUUCGCGCUGGAGCCCGAUCACCCCAACGCUGGAAAGAAAAGGGGAAUAGAUGCCACCCCGAGUACCUAGUCCGUAACCUAAUACUGGAACGCUUCUGUGUUUGCUGACAUCAACCAAUUCUUGUCAUCUCUUAUCCAAUUAAUUAAUUAGCCGACAACGAGCUCUGUGUGUAAAGCCAUGGAUCAAAACGGUGCUGUGGUGAUGGGCAUGCCCAGCACGUGGAACGACGAGGCCGGCGCUCCGCUCGACCAGACAGUGUUCCGCAGUGGCUUUGAGGCCCGCAAGAGCGACAUCUUCAUUGCCGUCAUGGGCGUGACGGGUUCAGGAAAGAGCACCUUCAUCUCCAUGCUUGCCAACGCAGGCGCUCCGGUCAAGAUUGGACACGGCCUCCAAGGGUGCACGCAGCUGGUGACGCCCCACAUAUACAAGUACAGCAAGGACGUCAAUGUCUACCUGAUCGACACGCCCGGCUUCGACGACACCAACCGGGACGAUGCCAACGUGCUCAAGCAGAUUGCCGUCUGGCUGUCCGACUCGCUCAAGAACGACGUCAAGCUGAGCGGCAUCCUGUACAUGCAUCGCAUCACCGACACGCGCAUGGCCGGGUCGGCCAAGCGGAACCUCUUGAUGUUUAAGAAGCUCUGCGGCAAUGAGGCUCUCAAGAACGUCAUCCUAGUCACCACCAUGUGGGAGAGGGUCACGGCUGCCGAGGGCGCCGCGCGCGAGAAGGAGCUGAUCGACACGGACGACUUCUGGGGCUUCAUGGUCAAGAACAAGUCGCGCGUCGAGCGGCACUACAACAACCGCCACUCGGCCCGGGCGCUCGUGACCAAGUUCCUCAACGAGAAGAAGGUCGAGCUAACGAUCCAGGACGAGAUGGUGCGCAAGGACCGCCACCUGGACCAGACGGACGCCGGCAGGACGCUCGACAGCGAGCUCGCCAAGGAGAGAGACAAGUGGAAGGAAGAGGCGGCCCGGCAAAAGGCCGACAGGGAGGAGGCGCUCCGACAGCGCGACGAGCAUCUCGCCCAGGUGCUGGAGGAGGAGCGCAAAAAGUCCGAGGCCAAGGCCAAGGACCUCCAGAAGCAGCGCGAGAUGCUCCAGUUCAGCCUGGAGGAGCUCCGCAGGCAGGCCGACGAGAAGAGGCAGGAGAUGCUGCUGGAGCAACAGCAGCGUCUCAAGGACCUCAAGGACGAGAACGACAAGAUGCUGCUGGAGCAGCAGCAAAAGCUCAAGAACGAAAACGAGAAGCAGAUGCUGAAGCUCUACGAGGAUCAAAAAGUGCAACUCCGAGAGCUGCAGGCCAUCCGCGACGGCGACCAGUCGGCCAGGCCGCUGGUCCGCUCGCACCCCGGAAAGAACCUCAUCCACGAGUGCCGGUCCAUCACCCUGGUCGACGACUCGUACUUUUUCUGCGGCCCGACGGUGAAUAAAAGCAACCUGCCUCCCAAGGUGAAGCUCCGGCUGGGCAACCGAGACUUUGACGACACGGCCGAGCACGACAGCCGGGAGCUGAACGGCAAGCUGGAGACACUGCGCGUCAAGGCAGACGCGCUGCGCCUCAAGGCCCUGUCGCUCAUGGGGUACAGCGGGGGCAUCCGGGCGUUUGCGCUCGGGACGUCGGACUCGUACUACUGCCACUACCACCAGGACGGCCACUGCAAGGACGUGUCGUUCCUACCCGACUACCCGGAGCUCGCGCGGUGGCUGGCCAACCACCGGCAGGGAGCCAGCGGCAAGGACCAGACCGAGUCGGGGUGCCCACGGUACGUGUCGCUGGGGGCCAACGGGCACUUCUUCCUGGCCACCAACGCCAACAACUACGUGCGCAGCGUGGCGGCGGACCUAAACGAGCGGUGGUGGUGGCAGUACCUCUCGGACAUCAAGGCCGUGUGGCUGGGCAUGGACGACGCCUGGGUCGUGCAGCUCAAGAACGGCGAGAAGUACUUUGACCUCAAGGGCCACUACGGCGGCAACGACGGCGAGCUUGCCAAUAAGAUCAACUCGGGCUUCGGCAAGAAGCGCCCCGGCCAGCGCAUCAAGGCCAUGGCCCUCAACCUCGCGAACCCAAAAUCCUUUGCCGCCGUCUGGGGCGACGGCGGCAUCUUGUACGGCACCGGCGGCAAGUUUGAUGCCUUCACGUUUGAGGAGUACGCCACCAAGAACUUUGGCACCAAGUUUCUGUGACUGGCGGCGCCCUGUCCAGCAAUUAAUUAUUUGGGUAUUGUUGCCCACCUUCGCAGUGUUUGUCAGAGCGGCGGCGAGAUUCAACGGUUUGGAUUUUUAACUCUCCCUCUUAAAGUUUAUAACAUGAUUAUUUUCCGUUUGCGCUCUCUGUGUCUUUGUAUUCAAGUAACUCUGCCUGCAUUUGUACGUACGAUACCCUCAAAAAUCAGAGAAAAGAACACCCCUGUGCUUUUGAUCCCCCCCCCCAA